AUGGCUGAGCAUCCUUCUUUCACGUUAGCAGGCCUGUUGGCCGUCGGAGGAACGGCAGGUUUUUUUCGAACACGCUCAACACCCAGCCUGGUCGCAGGUAUCGGUUUGGGCGUGAGUUACGCCUAUGCUGGCUACCGCAUCAAGCAAAAUCUCGACUACGGCACUGAGCUGGCACUUGGAAACAGUGUAAUGCUCAUGGGUUCGGCAGUGCCGCGCAUCAUCAAGACAGGUGGACGCGCACCGGUGCCGCUUGCGUUGGGAGCGACCGGAGUGCUGGCGACUUGGUACUACCAGCAGAAAGUCCGUGAAUUUAGAUAUGGUGUAUAA